AUGCACCUUCGUGUCGAGACUAAGCCCCGAGAAAUGCUCGUAAGAGCCAUCGAGAGGACCGAGGAACAGCUUCAAAUUGUAAAUGAGCAGAUCGAAGCGUUAAGGAACCAGCGGUUGGAAAUCGACAGGCAAAUCAUCACAUAUGAGAAGAGGCUAUGUCUAAGAGCGGAGGUGCAAGAUAACGUUGCUGCCAAGGAGAAUGAGGCUGAAGAGUUGAGGGAGCAGCUCGCCACUGCGGUGCAUGAGCUUGAAGGCUACGACGAGACGAUGCAGAUCAAGGCCAAAGAUUCGUUAUCCGCUGCCUCCGAUGAGGAUUAUUGA